AUGGCGCUGCGUCUGCAGCAAAACCAGGCUGAGGAAGAAGAUGCCUCGCAGCUCAAGCUCAGCUCGGAGUUCGCCAACGACCUCUGUUUGUCCAUCUCUGAAGUGCGCUUCCUGCUCGAACUCCCGCGGGACAGAGGUGUCCCAGACACACAGGUGUACAACAAGACGCUUGACUAUGUACGGACGUUCACCAAGUUCCCGACUCAGGAAUCGACGCAGGCUGUUCGGGCGCUCAUCUCCCGGGGGAUGGACGACCUAGCGCAAUUCGAAACGGCGCAGAUCGCGAAUCUCACACCGCUGACCGCAGAUGAAGCAAAGAGCGUCAUCCCUACGCUGCAGAGAUAUGAUGAUGAUGUGUUGCAGGGCAUACUGGAUGAGAUGCAGACACUGCGCAAGUUCCAGACAUAG